AUGAGUGACGGUCGAAAUCGAUUAAGUGGUUGUGAAUAUCGAAAACAAGCUUUCAAAAGGAAAUUGAAAGAUGACGAGGUUAUGGCAAAAACUCGAAAACUUUCCUCCUAUUUUAUCACUAAGCAUCUUGAAGUAAAUGUUUUAAACACUACAGAAAAAAACGAGCUCUCAGAUGACAUUGAUAAUGAGAGAAAAAUUAACGAUGACGAAUUAGAAAAACCAAACAGUACCAAUUUGUUUUCAACGCAAGAUGUGUUUGGUGAUAAAAUGUUUUUUGAAAAUUCAAAUCUCAGCGAUGACCCGGCAAAGUGGAUCAUAUCCGACACAUUACGUGAUCAUUUCGCUCAACAUGGCUACAAACAAAAUAAGGAUGUCGAUUUUUCACAGUCAAAAAGAGUUCUAACGAUAACUAAAGGAGCUUUAUACUGUGUUCCAUGUCUUCUUUUUGGCGGCGAUUCUUCGUUUGCUGACAAAGAUGGAUUUAGUGAUUGGAAAAAUGCGGUUAAUAGAAUAAGUGAUCACGAAAAUUCAGAAAAGCAUGUAAGUUGCUUAAAAUCUCUGAACGAUAGAGCUAAUGCUUUCGGUAGAAUUGAUAAAACUCGAAUGAAAGAUUAUAAUAAAGAAGUAGUCUACUGGCAAAAUGUUUUGAAACGAGUUGUCGCUGUUAUCAAAAGUUUAGCUUCACGUGGAUUGGCUUUUAGAGGACAUGAUGUCAAGUUUGGUUCUCUUCACAAUGGGAAUUAUUUAAUGUUAUUAGAAUUGAUAGCAGAAUUCGAUCCAUUUUUAGCUGAUCACAUUUCAAGAUUUGGAAAUAAAGGUACUGGUAAUACCAGUUAUUUGUCGAAAACGAUUUGUGAAGAAUUAAUACAAAUUUUGUCUGCCAAGGUAUUAAAUACAAUGAUUUAA